GCCCAAAAGGUCAUAGAGGUCUCUCCCCAGGCUGACCUAGCCACACCACCAUUCAGGUCCUCAAAUGCUUUCAGAAGCAGAUGGUGGUGCCACUUUUGAAUGUGAGCCAAGUUCAGCUCCCAUCUACCCUACUCUACCCUCAUUUGGGUGGUGGUGGUAUCAUUGACACUGUGCUAUCCCACCCAUGCUCCUCCCCCAAAACACACACACACCCUGAUACCAGCACUAAAGCAGUGGCUUUCUCUCCCACAUGGUUACUCAGUGGUGCUGUAGGGGGCUAGAAGCUGGGCAGGACCAACAAAUUCACUGGUAGUGUGACUAUUUCUCCUACUUUGAUGCCGACUGCAGUCCUGGGCAAAGGCUUUUAUCUCUGGGGAGUGGACCUGAGCGAAGACUCCAUGAGUGUAACCCUCUAUGGCCACACUCUCAAGCCAACCCAUGACUGGUCCAAAAUUGCAGACAAACAAAUUUGAAUUUUGCGGCUGGGGGGAGAGGCUGUAGCACCUCCCGACAGCCGCUGCAGCCAGAGACCAAGCCGUGGAAAUGAGGAUGGAGGCGGGGUUGGCACGGGGCCACAAUCUUCAUGUCACCUGGAAGGGUGAUGUGAUCCGGAUUUCCAGAGAUGUAUCUGAUGAAGAAAAAACAGCUGUUGGCAGAAGAAAAAUCAAAGUGCACAAUUCUUUUCUGAAGCUUGGGGUCAACACCACCAUGAGUUCUGUUCCUAAUGUUGCCCUGUUAGGAUCUGGUGGAGGGUUGCGGGCCAUGAUUGCACUUCAAGGGGUUCUGGGAGAACUUCAGAAAGAGGAUUUGUUGGGUGCUGUGAUGUAUCUCUGUGGAGUAUCAGGUUCUACCUGGUGUAUGUCAUUCAUCUAUGAACAUGAGGAAUGGCUGGGAAAGCUUCCUACUUUGGAAGCAAAGAUGUGUGACAAUCUUGUAAAUCAGUCGUGGGAUCCCAGCAAAUCCCUGGAUGCCCUUGUAGAACCAAGUAAAGAGAAGACAUACUCCUUGACCGAUUUCUGGGGCAGUGUCAUUCUCUAUGCAAUGUUGCAUGAGCUAGAUUAUGGUCAUUUGUCCAAAGAAAGGAUGGUCUCUUUUAAUGGGGCAGUUCCUUACCCCAUCUAUGCAGCGGUGGAUUCAAACAAAUUAGAUGACACCAGUAAAACCCAUCCAGGUAUCUGGUUUGAAUUCACACCCCAUGAUGCUGGAUUCUUUCACUCUGGUGCAUUUGUUGACAUGAGGCUGUUGGGCAGCACAUUUGAGAACGGUGUGCUGAGAAUACUGAAGAAUGAAAAAGACAUUUCUUACUUGAGAGGCUUAUGGGGAAGUUCAUUUGCAGAUCGCAAAGAAGACGUCAAGGAAAUAGAAGAUUAUAUCAAACAUCUGGGAGAACAAGCUUCAGCUUCCAGUUGUCACUGUAUAUAUUGUCAGGCAGCUUCACAUGCAAUAAAGCUCCUGAUUCAUGCCAUGGAAGGGACGACACAUGAACAUCAGGAUGAAAACAUCACAAACAUCAUGGAACUUCUUAAAGAUCAAGUAGGCAGCAACACCUACAACUUCCUCAGUUUAUUGAAGGACAAACACAACACUCUAGACAAGCCUGGAAGAGUGGCACAGUUUUUGACCCUGGCUGACAUGUUUACUCAAGAAUUUGCAGAUAGGACAUCUCCAUUCACGCAUCACGAAGAAACAAAGAGAAGUAUAUGGGAUACAUUGAGAAUACUGUCAAAAACUGUUUAUUGCCUCUUCAAAUGGAAAUGGGGGACCAUCUCCAACUAUACUUACAAAUACUCCAGCCUUAAUGACAAGAAUCUCACAGGCAAGGAAGAACUUCGUUUGGCCGAUGCUGGUAUAGCCAUGAAUUCUGCUUAUCCGCUUGUCCUCCGUCCUGAACGGGAAGUGAAACUCAUUCUUUCCUUUGACUUUAGCAGCGGAAAUCCUUUUGAGACUGUCAAAGAAGCAGUCCUAUACUGCAAGGAAAAUCAUCUUCCUUUUCCUGAUAUUGAUGUCUCAGAGUUGGACAAGAGUAAAGACAGUCCCUAUGACUGCUACGUUUUCCAAGGACAUGAUUCUCCAACUGUCAUGCAUUUCCCGCUCUUCAAUACAGUGAACUGCAAAGAUAAAGUAGCUGAAUGGAGAGAACAAUAUUCCACCCUCAAAGUUUCUUACAAGGAGCAGGAGGUCAAAAACCUCCUAGAAGCAGCAAAAGCAAACGUGAGGAAUAACAAAGGAAGAAUCCUGCAGGCGAUGAAAAGCAUGCAGGCUCCUUAACAGCUUUUCAUUCCAAUUUUGAGUUUGGAGGUUCUGGUCAACAUUUUCCUUUCGCCUCUUUUCUAAGUGGGAGCUACUCAGCACCACAUGAUUCUUUGCAGCAUGCUUGUGAUUCAAGGACCCGACCCCCGCUUGGGAAUAACAAAGACACGUGGACACAG